UUCUCGGUCAGUCACUCUGGCCAGAGAAACUGAGUGAGAUGCCGCUGUGGCAGGCGGGCAAAGCGAACCCAGCUCAACUAGAAAACAACACAAAAACAAGCAGAAAUGGACAACAAUGACGCAUAUUUACAUCUCAACUCACCUGGGGCCCUGAACUCUCCUCUCUCACAGCCUCCACCAAUGAGCUCCAUGAUGGGUCACUCAAGUGUUAUUAGCUCUUCACGGCCCAUCCCUUCAGCCAUGGGCUACUCAGUCAUCACUUCCUCUAUGAACUCGCCCUCCAUGUCAUUGCCUUCCACACCAGUAAUGGGUUACAGCACCCUCAACAGCCCACAGAUGAACUCUCUGAGCAGUGUGAGCAGCUCAGAGGACGUGAAGCCUCCUCCCGGCCUGCCGCCUUUAGCCAACAUGAACAGCUACCAGUGCACCAGUCCCGGCUCCAUGUCCAAACACAUCUGCGCCAUCUGCGGGGAUCGCUCCUCAGGAAAACACUACGGUGUGUACAGCUGUGAAGGGUGUAAGGGGUUCUUCAAGAGGACCAUCCGGAAAGAUCUGACCUACACGUGUCGAGACAACAAGGAGUGCCUGAUCGAUAAACGGCAGCGCAACCGCUGCCAGUACUGUCGCUACCAAAAGUGCCUGGCCAUGGGCAUGAAGAGAGAAGCAGUUCAGGAGGAGAGGCAGCGUGGGAAGGAGAAAAGUGAUAAUGAGGUAGAGUCAACCAGUAGUUUUAAUGAAGACAUGCCUGUGGAGAAAAUCCUGGACGCAGAGCUUGCAGUGGAACCCAAAACUGAAGCACACUCAGAAGGCAGCCCCGGAAAUUCUACCAAUGACCCGGUCACUAAUAUCUGCCAGGCAGCAGACAAACAGCUCUUCACACUGGUUGAAUGGGCUAAAAGGAUACCGCACUUCUCUGACCUACCCUUGGAUGAUCAGGUCAUUUUACUCCGGGCAGGUUGGAAUGAGCUGCUUAUUGCCUCCUUUUCACACCGCUCUGUCACAGUAAAAGAUGGCAUUUUGCUGGCCACUGGCCUUCACGUGCACAGAAGCAGCGCCCACAGUGCUGGAGUAGGCUCUAUUUUUGACAGGGUGCUGACUGAGCUGGUGUCAAAGAUGAAAGACAUGCAGAUGGAUAAGACGGAGUUGGGCUGCCUCAGAGCCAUUGUACUUUUCAACCCUGAUGCUAAAGGCCUGUCUAACCCAGCUGAGGUUGAGGUUCUCAGAGAAAAGGUCUAUGCUUCGCUGGAGUCCUACACCAAGCAGAAAUACCCAGACCAGCCUGGCAGGUUUGCUAAGCUCUUACUUCGUCUUCCCGCUCUGCGCUCAAUCGGACUCAAGUGUCUAGAGCAUCUCUUCUUCUUCAAGCUGAUUGGAGACACACCCAUAGACACCUUCCUAAUGGAGAUGCUGGAAGCACCUCACCAGAUCACAUGACACAAGCCCAGCCUCCACUGCCUUUCCUUCUGUAAAUAAAUCCAUGUAAUAAUUGGUAAUUAACGAACUUGAUUGAGGAUGUAAGCUACACAUUUUGUACCAAGCAAGCUAGCACAAACUAUCUUUAAUAUAAAAAUGUGUUUGGGAAAUUGGGACGGAGUGGUAUCCUAUUCAAAUACAAAGACAAAAUCAAUUUUAAAAGAAUUGUUUUGGAAAAAAACAUUUUUCUCCUUGUAAAUAAGUGAUUUCAGACAUUCAUUCUAACAGCAAAACAAUGCAAUAAAGAACAUUUAUUUUAUUGAAAAACUAGAAAGUUGUAUACUACGUAAUUUCUAAAAAAAAAAAAACCUGGGUUCAGAAUUAUGUCUGAAUAAAAUAUUUAAAUUUA